AUGGAAAAGUUCGUCCUCUUUGAACAGUACGGUACUGCUCUAUCAGUAGAACUCUAUCAAGUGUUUGGUGAGCGUAUGCUGGGCCCUGUCAAGUGGGCGAUGGUGCCUUGUAUUGCGAUGUCUGCUGCCGGCAUCACCAACGUCAUCAUUUUCACCUCCAGCAGGUUAAACUUCGUUGGCGGCAGAGACAACGUCUUCCCUCGAUUCCUUGGAAUGGUGAAUGCAGAAAGGAAGACGCCCAUGCCGACAGUCCUACUCGUGUUCGCCUUUUCGCUGGUCAUUGUAUGUCUGGGCGAUGUGAAGAGCAUCAUCGGGACCUACUCCUUUGUGAGGGCUCUACCUGAAGCUGUGGCCAUAGUUGGCAUACUGCGUCUGAGGAGAAAGUUUCCAGACUCCCAUGACCUGUACAAGGUACCCCUGGUGUUCCCCAUCAUCUUCGUCGUGUUCUUCUUCACACUGUCACUGACCGCCAUUGCCUACCAACCGGUCAAGUUCCUUGUGCCACUGGCCAUAGUGCUCCUGGCUGUCCCAGUCUAUAUCGUAUCUGGCUCAGCCUGGUGGCAGAAUGGUCCCUCCGUCUCAUUCAACGGGAUGGAAAAGACAGCUCGCAGUAGAGCAGGCAUACGAGAGAUGGAGAGUAAGAAAGAGACAGAUGCGCGAGAUCGAAAAUGA